AUGGCUUCAAAUAACCUUCCCCGCAUCCGAGCAUGUCUCUUCGACAUGGACGGCCUCUUGAUUGACUCAGAGGACCUGUACACCGUAAUCACGAACGAGAUCCUCCAGAAGUACGGCAGGCCAUUGCUGCCCUGGUCUAUCAAGGCCCAGAUGCAGGGUCGUCCUGCGCCCGAGGCCGGCAAGAUCUUCCACGACUUCGCCAAACUCCCCAUCUCAGAGGAGCAACUGAAUGAAGAGCGCUCUGCCCUGCAGCGGAAAUACUUCCCCAGAUCGCAGCCUCUGCCAGGUGUACGCACGCUUCUCAACAACCUAGCCUCAACAAAGUCAACCUCUGAACCAGUGUACAUCGCACUGGCAACAUCAUCCCACAGCGGCAAUUAUAAACUGAAAACCGACCACCAAACCGACCUAAUGUCCGUCUUCCCAGAUGCAAACAAGGUUCUCGGCGAUGACCCGCGCAUCGGCAAUGGCCGUGGCAAGCCCCUGCCUGAUAUCUACCUGCUUGCGUUGGAGACUAUCAACGCCGAACUGCGUCAGCAGGGUAAGAUUGAGAUCAAGCCAGAGGAGUGUCUCGUUUUUGAAGAUGCCGUUCCGGGCGUUGAGGCUGGUCGUCGGGCUGGUAUGCAGGUUGUCUGGUGUCCCCACCCUGGUCUCCUGGGUGCGUUCAAGGGUCGUGAGGAGGAGGUUCUUGCUGGUGCGACUGGCUCCCAUAAGGAGGCGGACAAGUUUGAUGCUGAGAAGGAGGCUGAGCAACUUCAGGCUUGGCGUUUGCAAGGUGCUGGAAAGCCUGGGACUAUUGGGGAUGGGUUUGGUCAGUUGUAUGCGACGCUGGAGGAUUUCCCGUAUGAGAAGUAUGGGAUUCGGAUUCCUUGA